CAGAAACCCCUCGACAAACACACACACACACACACACAACAUGGCUGACGAAGGUCUAACACCAGAGGAGCUUGCCUUCAAGAAGAAGUAUGGUCGCUUGCCGCCCAAGAAGAAGGCCGGCAAGGGUCCUCUUGCCCGUCUCCAUGGCAAGGAACGCAAGUAUUUUGACUCAGCCGACCACGCCAUGAAGUCUGCCGGUCUUGACGCAGAAAACGGCAACGUCAUUGCCAACCCAGAGAACAUUCCCAACCGCGGUGCUUCACAGCCCUCGCACAUGGUGCGAGGCACAGCGGCCGAGGAUGAAGGUGAAGAGGCCGCCUCCGCCGACCCCGUCGACGUGCACUCGUGAACAUAAACCCGCCUUCCCUAGCCUCUUCCCUUGCGCAGCCUGUUUGUUGGUUAUUUUGUUUGUCUCUUUGCUGACCCUGUUUGUCUCACAUUCGAGCGCUGGCCUCUUGCGGUGCUACUGGACGUACACCCGCGUUCCCACCCUGGCCCAUCCUGUUGACCUGGGCGCCUCUCCUUACUUGCUGUAUGAUACAAGAAGGAAUCGUCAGGCCCGCUCUGCUUGUCUCUGCAUUUCUAAAGAAAGCUUGAACGACGUUUUCACUUACACCCGUCCCGUGUCUUUGGUUCACUCGUCUUCCAAUGUUCACCCAUUUGGACUUCUCGUCACAAUCCCAUGGAAGUUGCCACUCUUUUGGGUAAUCGAACCGCUACGCUCG